AUGGUGGAGAGGCGAGUGCAUCAGCUUUCCAGUGUACUGUCCAGCUGGGCGAAGCCCACGCUGCGAACAGCAGCAGCAGCAGCAGCAGCAGCAGCACUUCUGUCAGCUCCCAUUGGAGGCCUCUGCUUCCGAGUGUCCUCGAACUUGCUGGCAGCAGAGGGGCAGCUCGAGGGGGCCCCCCUGGGGCCCCCUGCUGCUGCAUUUGCUGCUGCAGGGCCCCUCCCUGAGGACCCUGAGAGUUUCUCGGAGUUAUCUGCUGCUGCUGACGAAGCAGCAGCAGCAGCAGCAGCAGCAGAAGCAGCAGAAGACGCCGCGGAGGACGCGGACGCUGCGCUGUACGACGGCCUCGAGAACUCGCUGAGCAGCAGCAGCAGCAGCAGCAGCAGCAGCGCAGCAGCAGCAGCAGCAGCAGCAGCAGCAGAGGACCCCAGCAUGCUGGAAUUUAACCGCGCGCGGGACUGGUGGAGGCGCCGCAAACAGGAAAGGCAGCAGAAGGCCUUAGACAAAAAAGAAAGAAAAUUACAAAAGAGAAUUCGAAGAAGACAAGAAAGAAAUAAAUCUGAUUCUGACUCCGAGUCAGAUCUUGAAAUUCCAAUUCUUGCUGAAGAAGAUCAGCUGCCUCUGACUGAGGAGGAAGAGAGUCUUUGGGGAGAAGAAAUGGGGGGAAAAUGA